UACUUGUCACGGAAGACCUGUCCAAGAGCAUUCGAACUCACCUGUUCACCAAGCACCCAAAGAGCAUUAUAGUCUGCCUGCUCGUACGUAGAUAACGCAUCUCCCCAGUCAGACAUUGUGGUGAUCAAUUCUGAACACGGGUAGUUGAAAUCAGAUACAAAUCGCAAAAAUGGUGGUUGAAUUGCAUGCCAUGCCCGCCUCUUCGCCAUGUCGAUUGGUUCACAUGGCUUUGGAGGUGAUGGACGUGCCAUACGAGUACAAGACCAUGAACCUUAUGGUGGGUGACCAUAUGACCCCGGAAUAUCUGAAGCUCAACCCUACUCAUAAGGUGCCAAUCAUCAAGGAUGGCGACUUUGUGCUGGGCGAGAGCCGCGCCAUUGUGACUUAUUUGGCCUCUGUUUACGACAAAACCGGAACUCUUUAUCCACAAGAUCCAAAGGUCAGAGCCGUGGUGGACCAAAGGCUCUAUUUUGAUGCGGGAACCAUGUAUACCUCUUUCCGAGAGUGCUUUUAUCCCAAAAUGUUCUUGGGACAAGACAUUCCGGAUUCGGCCUUUACCAAAGCUCGAGAGGUUCUAUCUUGGGCUCAGGACAUGGUGAAGGCCACUGGCUAUGCGGCUGGCACCACCCAUAUGACCUUGGCUGAUCUAGCCUUCGUGGCCACUUAUAGUACGGCUGAGGCCACGGGAGCGUUUGACUUCUCAGGAUUUCCCGUUUGGGACGAAUAUUUCGCCAAGAUGAAGAAAGAGAUCAAAAAUUACGACAAAGGCAAUGGUGAUAACGCUAAGGUAUUUGGCAACUUUUAUAGAAGCCGAGUUGCCACCAAAGCUUAGCCUUUGGCAGACAGGAUAAGCCCUUAAUCACAAAAUAAACCACAUGAUUCAAAUCAAC